AUGUCUCCUGGCAUUGAUGAUGACGACGAUAAUCCAUUUCGGCCGUCUAAAGAUUUGCAAGUGGAAGAUGAAGAGUCGGCCAAGAAAAAUGAAAGCAACGAUUCGAAAAAAAUGCCACCACCUCGACAAUCGAGUGGAUCAUCACAACCUAAAGAAACCGGAAAGUUUAGUUUCGCCUUUAAAUCAAAGGCACCAGCCACGCCUGUACCAAAGCCAGUAUCUGGACUUGCACAGAAAAUGCGUGAACCGCCUCCUCGCCCUCUAGAACCCCCGAAAAAAGAACUUCUAUCUACUCUAUCUCGAUCAAAGCUUGAAAGCCGUCCAGAUCGCCGCACCGAUAGGCGUGAUCGUGAUGGAAGGAGAACAGACCGCCGAUUUGAUCGUCGGGAUGAUCGACGCCGGGACCGACGAGAGGAUCGGAGACCAGAUAGUAAACAAGACAGACGGAAAGAACGCGAGCGCGAGCGAGAGCGCGAGAGAUCACCUAUCUCAGAGAAACCGAAGACAGUGGUAUUAACAAGAAUGAAGCCCCGUCCAACGCUACCAGAAGAGUUCUCAAAGUCCGAUUCCGUUUAUUACCGCAAGCCUGGCAACGAGUCGGUUAUUGGUGCCGGUACAUAUGGCAAAGUGUUCAAGGCUGUUCACGUCUUUACGAAGAACAAGGUCGCGUUGAAGAGAAUACGGAUGGAGGGGGAGAAAGAUGGAUUUCCGAUUACAGCUGUCCGUGAAAUCAGACUCCUUCAACACCUUCGGCAUGAGAACGUUGUCAGUCUCCAAGAAGUUAUGGUGGAGAGGAAUGAAUGUUUCAUGGUAUUCGAGUACCUUGCCCAUGACAUGACCGGCCUUAUCAACCAUCCAUCGUUUACCUUAUCCUCUGCGCAUAAAAAGCACCUCGCUAAACAAAUGUUCGAGGGGUUGAAUUAUCUACACCAUCGCGGCGUUCUCCACCGCGAUAUUAAAGCUGCUAAUAUCCUUAUUAGCAACCAGGGCCAAUUGAAAUUUGCCGACUUCGGGCUGGCAAGAUUUUUCUCGAAGAGUCGACAGCUUGAUUAUACUAACCGAGUCAUUACUAUCUGGUAUCGCCCACCCGAGCUCCUUUUGGGUGAGACGCGCUACGGUCCAGCUGUGGAUGUAUGGAGUGCUGCAUGUGUAUACAUGGAAAUGUUCACCAAAAAGGCCAUCUUCCCAGGAGAUGGCUCCGAGAUCAACCAGCUCGAUAAACUAUACGGCUCGUUAGGCACUCCAACAAGGACUGAGUGGCCUGCCAUAGUUGAUAUGCCGUGGUUCGAACUCAUGCGACCCCGAGAGAGGAAGAAACGAGUCUUUGAAGAUAGUUAUGGGGGUUUUCUCUCACCAGCCGCCCUUGAUCUUGUUUCAAAAAUAUUUCAGUACGACCCCGCCAGACGCCCGUCAACCGAGGAGGUCCUCGCCCAUCCUUACUUCAUAGAGGAGGAACCAGCGCCGCAACAAGCUAUUGAGCUUGCCGACGUCGAAGGUGACUGGCAUGAAUUCGAAUCCAAAGCACAUCGGAAAGAAAAGGACAAGGAAGCUCGCCGGGCAGAACAACGCGAAAGGGAAAAGCGGAAAAUUAGCACAAAUACUGGCGAAACAACUGACAGGGAACGCAAACGGACAAAAGUAGGCGAAGACACGUCUAUGCCAACGUCUCAAGGCGUCGAAACUUGA